AUAACUGUAAUUAAAUAUUUUUGGUAAGACAUAACCCGCAUGAACAGUGAUGUGGGUGGGUGAAUGAGAAUCAGAGUGAAGAGCAACUGUGCAGCUUCCAAACUGCUAGCCAUGGCUAAGAAACGAAGCUACCUUUUCUUCAUCUUCAUCUCUUUCAUGCUCUUUUGUGCCUUUCUUCCUGUUUUCGCUCCUCUUCCUUCUUUGUCAACUCACUUUCCCCUUCAUUCUCAUCUCAACAAGGUUAACAGAAACUUUGAGAUUGCCGACGACAUGUUCUGGAAAGAUGGUGAACCUUUUCAGAUCAUUGGUGGUGAUUUGCAUUAUUUUCGAGUGCAUCCAGAGUACUGGGAAGAUAGACUGUUAAAAGCCAAGGCGUUGGGCUUGAACACCAUUCAAACAUAUGUUCCUUGGAAUCUGCAUGAACCAGAAUCGGGAAAGCUUGUAUUUGAGGGUAUUGCAAACAUUGAAUCAUUUCUCAACCUUUGUCACAAACUUGGUCUCCUUGUGAUGGUUCGACCCGGACCAUAUAUAUGUGCAGAGUGGGAUUGGGGCGGUUUCCCAGGUUGGUUCCAUUCCAUGAACCCAACCCCCAGACCAAGAUCAUCUGAUCCUACUUUUCUUCAACUAGUUGAAAAAUGGUGGAGUAACCUGCUUCCAAAAUUUGUUCCUCUCCUCUAUGGCAAUGGGGGCCCUAUAAUAAUGGUUCAGAUUGAAAAUGAGUAUGGUUCUUAUGGAGAUGACAAAGCAUAUCUCCAUCACCUAGUCACCCUGGCCAGAAGUCAUCUUGGGCAUGAUGUUAUUUUAUACACCACAGAUGGUGGAUCGAGGGAAAAUCUUGAGAAAGGAACUAUUCGUGGGGAUGCUGUCUUUUCAGCUGUUGACUUCACUACUGGUGAUGACCCUUGGCCUAUAUUCAAACUACAAAAGGAGUUCAAUGCCCCAGGAAAAUCACCACCAUUGUCAGCUGAAUUUUACACUGGGUGGCUUACACAUUGGGGAGAGAAAAUUGCCAAGACUGAUUCUGAUUUUACAGCAGCUGCUCUUGAAGAAAUUUUGCGAAAAAAUGGUUCUGCAGUUCUCUAUAUGGCACAUGGUGGGACAAACUUUGGAUUUUAUAAUGGAGCAAAUACUGGCGAAGAUGAUGCUGACUACAAGCCUGAUCUCACUUCAUAUGAUUAUGAUGCACCAAUUAAGGAAGCUGGUGAUAUCGACAAUUCAAAAUACAAUGCUAUUCGAAGGGUUAUAGCCCGAUAUAGCUCAGUACCUCUUCCAGCUGUUCCCUCUAAUAAUGCGAAGACAAGAUAUGGACCAAUUCACUUGCAAAGAAAGGCUUUCUUAUUUGAUAUGUUUGAUUUUGCCAAUUCCACCAAUGUGUUUAAAUCUGAAACUCCAAUGUCAAUGGAGCAUGUGGGUCAGCUGUUUGGUUUCUUAUUGUAUGUCACUGAAUAUAAAGCAAACAGAGGUGGAAGAAUUUUGUUCAUACCAAAGUUGCAUGACAGAGCUCAAGUAUUUAUCUCAUGCCCUUCCAAAGAAAGCAGUGCAAGGCCAACUUAUGUUGGUACAGUUGAAAGAUGGUUGAAAAACAAGCUAAGCAUUCCUGACAUUAAAUGCCAUUCUAACAUCAACUUAUUUAUUCUGGUUGAAAACAUGGGUCGUGUAAAUUAUGGGCCCUUCAUCUUUGAUAGGAAGGGCAUUCUGUCUUCUGUUUAUCUGGACGGGGAAAAAGUACAAGGGUGGAAAAUGUUCCCUAUUCCUUUGCACAACCUGAAUGAAGCGUCAACUUACAAUCGCAUCACUCAGGCCACAUAUUCUGCAUUCAGUGAAAUAUCAUCAUCCCGAGAAAAGUUGAUUUAUAGUUAUGAGAAUACUUCAAAAGAACCUGCUUUUUAUUCUGGCCAGUUCUUAAUUGAUAAAUCAAGUCAGGUCAAGGAUACAUUUCUAUCAUUCAGCAACUGGGGAAAAGGCAUUGUGUUCGUUAAUGACUUCAAUAUAGGAAGAUAUUGGCCGUCGAGAGGACCACAGUGUAACCUCUACGUUCCUGCUCCAGUCCUUAAGCAAGGAACUAACGUUUUGGUAAUACUCGAGUUAGAAUCUCCAGACCCCGAACUUGUUGUACACACAGUUGAUAAGGCAGACUUCACAUGUGGGAUGAGCGUUCAUCAGCUGUAAUAUCAUCUCAUAAAAAUAAGCUUUACCUUUGAAAAUUAAUCCUUCUUCUGUAUGGCUAUCGUUUUUUCGAACCUUGCUAUUAUGCUCGUCUGUGCACAAAUUUUUAAAAAAAUCCUAGUGUUUUAAAAGUUGAGUAAUUACACAAAUUGGUACCUAAAAGUGACACUUUUGGGGGAAUUCGUUGGUCCUCGAAAGUGUUAUUGUCUACAAUUUGAUUCUGGGAUAUGUUAAUUUUUUUAUAUU